UCUAAGGAGCGUAGAAGUUUGUAUAAACCUGAUAAGAAACAUAAUCAAUUGCGGGCCAAGGCUAUAAAAGAGCAUGAGGAUCUUGCUAGAAGUGCUCGAUUUGAACAAAUAUGGAAGAAGAGGGGAAGCAUGGAUGCAGAAGAAUGCUCUUUGCAUGAAAAGUGUCAUUUGUAUGAUGUUGUUCGAGUUGAUGCCGAAGAUGAAACUCACCAAAGGGUGCCAAAGUCCAAAGUUGCUCCUGAGGCUGAUGGUGCAAUUUUGGAUAAGUAUUUACUACUUCUAUGGGAAAUCCUUCCACAAGUAGCUGAACAGAUUGAACAUGACAGAGCAAUUACAGAAGAUAACUUUGUUUACGACAUAUAUACCACGGGCAUUGGUGUGGACAUAGACACGGAUAACAUUGAUGAAUAUCCAUUUGUGCAAGUUUAUGUAGAGGACGAUUAUUAUGAUGGUCCGUCACAAUAUGAUUAUGAAAGUGAUGAUUCAAAUGCCGAGAAUAAUCCAUGGAAUGAUUAUCGCGAUGAAAAGUCUGACUUUGAAGAUUCUGACUCAGAAUAUGAUCAAAGUGAAGAGGAAGAUCAAGAGGACUGGAGAUGGGGAUAUCGUUAAAUUUGUCUAUUGUAUUUGCGUUAAGCUGAAGCAAUCACUUCUAAGCUGAAGAGUGAAGAUCUGAAUCAAAAUUCUGACAUUGAUUUAGAAGAUUUCUGAUUUAGAUUAUAAAGGAUAAAAGAUAUAAUUUAUCAGCGAAGAGUAAAGGAAGACCAAGAAUAUUGGACAUGGGAACAUGUCAAUUAGUUUAUUGUGCAUGUAUUAAGUUGAGGCAAUGAUUGUCAUGUAGUCUGUUUGGUAGUUAUUGUAAUAGAACAACUUCAUCGUGUAAAUAUGUA